CACCUCAACCUUGAAGAAAGACCACAGGUAAAGCUGCCUGUAAAUAACCAUGCCAAAUUUAUACAUUCACACAAACCUGAAAAAUGAUGAUAUCCCUUUGGAUUUUGAAGAAAAGUUGAUUAAGAAGGUAGCUUCAGUUAUGGGUGUUCCUACAGAGGUAGUUUAUAUAAAAUUGACGUGUGGAGAUAGGAUGUACCAUAAUGGCAGUCGUGGUCCUAUGAUGUUUUUAGAUAUGAAUACAGUUGGUAAAUUUAACGAAACCAAUAAUCCUGAAUACACAAAACAGUUUAUGGAAUUUUUAACAGAGAAUACAAAUAUUCCAAAGAAUAGAAUCGUCAUUCAUUACCAUGAUGCCAGUGCACAUGAAUAUGGCUUCUGGAGACGAGCACCGGACUACAAAUACUCACAAUAUUAUUCCCCAUGAACAAUUGUGCAAUAUUACUUUCAAAACACUUAUUCUAAGGCAGCAAUUAUUUAAUGUUCUCAUGACAUAACAGAACAUAAAAUAAUUAAUUCAGACAGUGCAUUUAGAUUUGAGUUCAACAUGAACACAAGCAUAGAAAAA